AUGUUUCAAACAGAAGCUCUUAUUGAUACAUCAAUUUUGCCAUCUGAUAUCAUGUCAUUACGUGACGUUAAAUUUUUUGAUUUUGUUCGAAAAGAAGCUGGUGAUGCUGCUGUUGAUCUUUUUGAAAUUCAAAGUAUCAAUUGUGUUAAAUCUUUGUUGAUGACAGCUGAUGUUUAUUGUAUUAUGAAUUUGAAAAGCAAAGCUUUAGAUUGUUUUAAAAAUAAACAUGGUUUUAUGCUUGAUGAUGAUACAUUCAUUAUAAAACCUGGUAUAAAAGGAAAUGUAGACUAUCUUAUUGAUUUAUUAAAACAAAAAUGUACUGAUGAUGCAAAGUUAACAAAAUCUUCAAAACGUAAUCAAUCAUCACCACCAUUAGAUAGAACCAUAAACACAUCCUCAACUACCACAGAAUCAACAAUGGCGGUUUUAUCGAGUAAUUCAUCAAAUAUUGUCACAUCAAAAUCUUUAAACUUAUCACUCGAUGAACAUAAAACUUAUAUAAAUAAUACAUUGAACAAUUGGUGUAAAAAUAAUGAAUCAAGAUUUAAUUUGUCAAAUUUGUCCUUGAUUGAAGGUCAACAUUACUCUAUUUCCAUAUUAAAUGAUGCAAGUGGUGUAUUAAAAGCUAAUAUAAAAUGUUGUUGUAACAAAUGGAUAUCAUUAACAAAUAAUCGUGGCAAAUUUCAACUAUCAAACUUUUACAGGCAUUUACAAGAUUUUCGUAAUAAUAAUACAUGUGAUAAAAUGAAAGAAUUAAUAAAAAAUUGUAAGCUGAUUUCAUCAAUAACUGCAGAUAAUCAACAAUCUUUUACAUGUUCAGAUACUUUACCAGAUCAAGAAUCAUCAUCAGAUAAUCAACAAUCAUUUACAUCAUCAGAUACUGCACCAGAUCACGAAUCAUCAUCAGAUACUACACCAGAUCACGAAUCAUCAUCAAAUGCGAUAUUACUUAAUUCUACGUCUAUCUCUAUAACAACCGAUGAUCAUGAAAGUCUUGAACAACCUUCGCCAUUAUUAAAAAGUAAAAGUAGAGCGAAAAGAAAGCUUCAUUCAGUAGAAUCAUCUUAUAAUACGAAAGAAGUUGUAAAAAGAACGAGAAGACAAUAA